AUGAUGUUGGGCAACUUCCAAAUGUUCGCGAAUGGUAGGAUCGAGAGAGAGCGCAAACCAAAAUGUGCAAGAUGUCGAAAUCAUGGAUUGGUAAGCUGGCUUAAGGGACACAAGCGUCACUGUAAAUACAAGGAGUGCGCUUGCGAGAAAUGUAAUCUGAUUGCCGAGAGACAACGAGUCAUGGCGGCACAGGUUGCUCUUAAGAGAAAACAGGCAACCGAGGAUGCCAUUGCCUUAGGAUUACGAGUGGUCGCUGGUCAAGCAAUUGAUAGACUACCGCAAGGUCCUGUCUGGAACACCAAUGCAGACGAAGAAGAAGACGAUGUUGAUGGAUAUAAUACAGCCGAAAAUUCGCCAUCCCCAACAAGUGUGGAAAGUCCAAUGAAAAAAAAGAGGGAAGAUGACGAUUGUCGUUUAAGCAAUUUCUCAGCGAUUGAGCUCCUCACAUUAAUCUUUAGCGAGCAUGAAAAAAGUGUCCUUGAGCUGGUCCUCGAAGCUUGCAAUGGAAAUGUAUUGAAUGCAAUUGAACACUUUGCCAAUAUUCGGAAAAUGAAGCAGAAUCAGACAGGGGCGGCACAGCCUGUUAAAUCACCAGUUCCAAUCCAGUGUCCGACCCCAUAUACACCCAUUUUCACAACGCCAACAUCUCUUCCGAAGACAUCGUUCUCAAUGGAAUCUUUAUUACAGAGACCUACUUUAUUCCCAUGGAUUUUGCCAUUCCCAUCUCAAUCAUUCGAUUUGAACAAGACGAGUGAUACAAACAGCUCAAAUUCCAUCUCUCCAAAUUCUACAACCGUUGAUUAA